UCCUGGCGUAUGUGGCCUGUGUAAUCAUGAAAGGGACGCCGAUAUGGCGGCCUCGAGUAACUACGAUGAUGAUCGACUCUGGUCUCCCGAAACCUGUAAAUUGAGUGACAUUGUUCCUGAAAUUCCAACUCUUGUACGAGUUACUGAAGGAAUAUACAGUCUCAACGAUGCCGGGACUUUCAGUCAAGGGGAUCUUAUAAAAAUCGACACCUGUCAGUCCUUGAAGCGGGUGACAGCGUAUCUCACUAAACCAGGAAGUGAUUCGAGAUAUGAACGGGAAGGUUAUGAGAUCGGGCUCCCGUACCAGUACAACGGCAAGGUAAAGGUUCAGCCACUCCACGGAGUCCAUCACAGAUAUAAAUCGGUUGAGGAGCUCAUCAACUAUUUCCCGCGCCACGUACGGGUACUAACCCAGGUGAGCUUCAAGGAACCCUCUGGAAACCCCAAAACCCUUAAUGUGGGAGAUUCUUUGGAACUGAAAGCUGUUCGUCGGUCCAAGGUCCAUGGUCUGAAUUCCGUGAGGUGUACACGUGACGGUGAGGAUAUUAUCCUGCCGAAAAGUGUCACAGGGGUAUUUCAGGUUCAAGCAGACGACACUGAGCAGACGAUCAAAAAUGUGGUUGAUACGUACAAACUGCCUCAGUGUGUCAAGUUCAUUGACUCUAGCGUCCAGGAGAUCAUGUCAACGGACAUCAAGGAGGCCAUUGAUAACCUCCAGUCUUACAGUGGUGAGAUGUUGCUGACAGGGGUCAAGGACACCGCUCCCGUAUUGUUCGGCCAUUACAAGGGUAUGACGGGGGACCCCAAUUCGAAAUUCUGUCGUAGGAGCGCAGUGGUCAUCCCCCUAGACAACCCGGAAAUCAGCGAGAUCGAAGUCCAGACUCCAGAAUACAUGGACAGUGAUGACUACGAGUUGUUCGUGCUGCAAAACUUCUCAGAAAGCGCUGCCACGCCGGAUUUCGUGGAGGGAACGCUCUAUGUGGACUUUCUGCGGACGUCACAUGUCCAGUUCUUGGAGAUCAAAGAACCUGAAUCUGAGUCUGCCGCCCUUCCUCCCCCUGUGCCCCCUAGACUCAAGUCAACUCAUGGGGAGGCCCCAGGAGGGCUGAGACAAGAAGCCCCCAUACCCCAGCGGCCAGCCCCAGUGACCCCCCACGGCAGGCAGCCUCCACUCCCACCUCUGAUCUCAAAGGCAAUCCCAGUUUCGAGGCCUAUUAAAGCCGCCCCACCGUCAACCCCGACCAAGCAUGUUGCGCCACAACCAAUUGCGCCGCAGGCCAGAGGAAAACCAGUGGCAAACCAACCUAGCAGGCCACGAGACACCAAGGGCAAACCGGCAGAUCAUUUUGAGGACACAUCUGUUGGAGAGCUGGCUUCCAUAGCCGAGGCGUUCAGUGGGUUUGGAUGGGGAGACACUUCAAAUAAUUGUGAGUCAAUACCAAGCCAAGAGGUGCCACAACCGUUGAAGACAAAUUAUGCUGUUCCUCCCGGAGGAAUGAAAAGAACCAAGGUCGCAGAUGAGAAAUCAAUAGUUCAGAGAACAUGGAAUAAAGUGAAAAAGAUAGGCAGAAAGAAGAAAACAGUUUCUUUCGAUGACGUCGUUCCCAAGGGUGAGGCCGGGAGCGAUGACGCCGACUCCGACGGGCCUGACUACGACUACAUCGACGACGAAGUACUACGCGAACACAUGAAGGCGAUUGAAAAACAAGCCAGAGCCAAGGAGGAAACGAAACUGAAAGGCGGAAUCUCUGCAAGCCAGAAGCCGGUCCAAAGGGUGCUCCCAAACGCUCACAAAGAUCCAGCACAGGGUAAGGCUUCCACAUCUCUUGAAGUUCUCAGCAUCAGUGAACUUGAGGAGUUGCUGCGGUCUUGCGGUAUGCAGGACCUAGCUAAGGUCUGCCGGCAAGAGAACUUGGAUGGUUGCCUUUUCUGUUGCCUCUCGGAUAAACUUCUAAAAGCAAGACCAUUCAAACUGGACGACUACCGCAUACAAAAACUGAAUUUGAUUAAGACCGGGUGGAGACCGAAGACGUAGAAACGAACAGCUCAUUGCAGUAUGGACAGGGAGCGCCAUUGACAAAGACACGUGGACUCAACAUUCGGGUCCUCUUGCCUCGAACAGAACAGGAGUUCACUUUAAACUGAAAACCCACCGAUCACAUUCAUAUAUACUGAACAAAAAAAGUUAGGGAUCAUCAAUAUUUUGGGGAAUAUUUUUUGUAGUGAAGACUGAGCACACACUUUCAUGAAUAUAUCCUAAAACAUAUGCAUCAUCCCUAACGUUGUUGGUUCGGUGUAGUUCGUACAACAGAGAAACAUUAUUGUUUGUAAAUAGAAUCCAACCAAUGCAGGCCGAGAUUACAUAUAGGACUGGUGUGAGCCGAGUAGUCACCAUUAGAACAGAUGUAACCAUUUGACUUGAAGUUCAAAACAACAUUUUUGUCUUUCAUUAGAGCCCAAUUGUUAUCGGUGGAUUAUUAUUAUUAUUAUUAUUAUUAUUAUUAUUAUUAUUAUUAUUAUUAAGUGGUUUGGCAGCAAUAUUGAAUUCAUGCUUUUCAGGGUGCAAUUUACUUUGUUUUGGUACCUUUUUUGAAACCCUACCAUUGUAAUUGCACUGUUUAUUAUUGUUUAUUAUCUGUGAGCAUCAGAUUCCCCUUCUUUCGGACUACUGAAAAUGUUACAUCUCUGAUUCCGUGACAUCUCUGCUCUCUUCUGCGUUUCCGUUCUUGUGUCAAAAGCGUACGUCUUCUAGGUCUCAAAUAGACUGCACCUGCAACUCAGAGGGUCCGAUAGUGCCUAAUUUGGGAAUGUGUAUGUAGUCUACUAUUAUUGAGUCAAAUCCAUAUCUCUCAAGGCUAAGAGGAAAAAUGAAAACAUAAUCAAUUUAAAACAACAUAUCUAAACCUAUUGUUUCUCGACCGCUCAUCAAACUUAUGUCAAACAUGCUAAUGUCAAACAUGCAGUUUUUAGUAUCAUCAGGUGCCAGUCACCUUUUGUAUUUUGACACAUUGAUUUUUUUCAAUAUGUCAUUUGGUGGACAAACCUCACACCAGAACCUCCGUUGAUGUAAGGGCAGUUAGUGGAUCUAUUUCACAUAUUUUAUUUAUGCUUCUUAUUGUAAAACACCGCUCACUGCCUUUGCCGCCUAAGGAGGAUUAGGGACAUCUUCUAGAAUAAUUUGACUUGCCUUUGCGUGUGUUUGUGACGGGUGCCAUGAGUGGGGCAGAAUAAGGUUAUCUUUUAGCGAACACCUGGCAUCAUCACUAUUUGAUAGUGAUUCAUAAACGGAUGAUUAUUAUAUUGUCGGAAUCAAACACGAAUGAUACAUGUUUCCACAUGAUUAUAGAUGGGUUUCGUCGCCUUUAUGUACAAACAGACCAAAGACCUAACUACACUUUCUGGUUUAAAGUAACAGAUUUUGUAGGUAUGUUUAUGAGAUACGACAAUGACCAUUUUGUUUCAGUUAUCUGUAUCAACCAAAGAGAGAUGCCGUGAGUGGACCUCCACGUAUGUCAACUUGGACACUCCAAUAAAUGUUAGUGUAGCUUGAAGUCCCAUAUUAAUGCUUGUAGCUAUAUUUCAACUUUGCCAUUGUUUUCCCUUACCAACUCAACUUUUAAGAAUUAAAUUAAAAAGCAACAUUUUUUAUAUUGACAAAAACGUGAAACAACCUCCUAACAUAUAAAAUAGUACGUUUGUUUUCAAUACGUUCAUUCAAGGCCAAAUUCAAUUCGAGGUUGAAAAUAUUUCAUUAUGACAGAAGUAUUCUUAUGUCUUGCUUUAGUCAUUUUUAUGUUGUUGUUUUCGCCUGGUGUGUGUGGGAGCAGAUUAAAUAUUUAAAAAAAACAUGUGCUAUGGCUCUUAUGUUCUGAAUAUGUUGUCACGUGAGCAGUACUCAGUUUACCUCAUCUCAAUGGUGUUGUAGUUCAACCUUACUGUGUGAUCCAUUUCUGAGAACAUUUAACUUUGCAUUCUGCGGAAUAAAUAAGUGCUAUUCCGAUUAUAUUAAUUUCCUAAUUUCAUUAUUUUUAGCAAAAGCCUCGGCAUAUUGCAAGAGUUAUGUUUUUGCCCUGCGGGCAAUCCGUUGGUAUGAAUCAUUGGACAAACAUAUUGUGAACUAGUCAACAAUACAAUAUACAAUUAAUAGAACAGUCGCCUUCUCCAUUAAGGGAUAUUUUGUAAUAAACUCAAAGGAUAAAGAAUGCAUACACCCACGUUUGAUUUUGGCUUAAAAUAAAAGAAACAAGUAGUGGUUAUUGGAGGGUGAUAUAUUUGAUACAGGUAUCCUAGGUGUGUGGUGGACCUUAGGUUUCCAGUGCUUCGGUGACCACUAACGUUUUGAUAACGUCUGUAAAUCUUUGGUCAAUCAAAUUUUAAAGAGCACACUUUCUUAUGCCUGGCAGUUAAGUUCGUUUAUCAUUUUCACAUUAUGUAGUAUGAUUUUAUUAACCUGUUGUAGUUUUUUUUCUAGUUUGUUGUUCGUAAACGAAUACGGAGUUCAUGUUUUCUAUUUUAGAUAGCAUAACGCCAUAUCCCCUAUAAAAGUAUCCAGAUAUGUGUAUAAAUAACUGUUGUUGUAUUGUAUAAAUGUUCCAAAGUUAUCAGGUUAUCGUUUACAUCAUGCAAGAAGAUUAAUGUGAUUGCAUGUUUGUAUUGUAUACAUUAAAAUUAUAUUUAUGUAUCCUAGUUUCCAGACAUUGUAUCGUUGGUAAUUUUGUUUGUUUCAUUACAACGGGUAAUGUAUUGACUCUGAAAACAGGUUUGACUUGGAAUAGAUUUUGUACCCAGAUAUGAUUUUUCUCAAUUGUUCUUAUUUUUAUAAUUUACAUUCCAAGGAAAUGGGUAUAAAACAACCCUAAAAUCAAGUAUGAUUUGUUUUUAAACUUUACGACACGUGAAAUGGUUAAAUGGCAGAGCCGUUAAGGCAUUCACGAGUCUAGCAUUCGGGUAGUUGAAGGGAGAUAACCGACUUGGAAUACAGCUUUGUAUAUUAACUUAUUACCUUUAUGGACAAUACAGUAGCACUUCGUUGUCUGGGAACAUACCUUUCUGAAAUAUAUCGAAACGACAUUUGGAUUUCCACAAUACAAUGCAACAACUUCUACUAAGAUAGUGAUAAAGUCAUCUAGACAAUCAUUCAUCUUCGUAACUCUAGGGUGUUUUAUCUCGACCUUAUAGAGGGAACAGUACCUGCAUCCUGUGAUACCGGUGCCCGGAUAGUCUGAGAGUGCAUGGUAUACAUGCUUAGCGUUGUGUAUUAUAACACGUUUUGUCAAAUAUGAAACUUGACACCAUGUAUCGCCUAGUUUCAGUGUUACAGAUUGUCCCACUCCCUAACUAUUUGAUUUUAUUGAUGUUUACUUUUUUUAAAUGAUAUUGUUAACUACAUGCAAUAUGCAAUGUGGAAUAAUCUAUAGCAUCAUGAGCCAAGCUUACAGCAAUUCCGUUACAAUGCUAUAAUUCCUAUAUAAUUGCGGGACAAAAAAAGACAUACACAUACACUUUAUAUUGGUAAAAAUGAAACACACAAGAAGUGCUUAUUCGAUGGUGAUGUACGCGCAUCACAGUCGUGCUUUGGACCUCAUAUUUGCAGUGUUUCGGCGUCAAUGUUUUGUUGUUGUGAAUCCAAUGUUCAACUGUAUACUUUCUUACAUUUAUAUAUAUGUUUUCUGUUAUAAACAGUUAAGUACGUUUAUAACGAACUGACGGAUAUAACGAAUUUAUUUUUGGUCCUGGCCAUUUGCUGUGUAUGUGCUGUGCAUAUGCUUAUUACGAACUGCGGUCAUAACGAACUAAAGUUAGUAUUCCAUUUGGGUUCGUUAUAGCCGUAGUUCACUGUAUUGCUUUCUGUGAUUGAUCUCGUCGACUUGAUGGUGUGUCAUGGAGAUCUGGGGUUCAAAGUUAUCUCUUGAUGUAAAUAUUCUUUUAAACAUACAAGGAAACCAACUUCCACUCUUCUCCAUCCUCGUAGUGUCUGCAGGUUUUUCUCCUUUUAACCUCGGCCUCGACAUGUAGCCACGUUGAAGAUAAGGCCUCUCUUGAGGUUAUUCAUGUCUCUUUAUGACCAGCAAAAAAACAUUGUUUCUUUUUUCUGACAAUUAUAAUGCUUUGUUCCUUUCUGAGAAUAUAUACAUUAUUGCUUCUGAUAAUCAUAAAUACAAUAUUGCUUCUUUCUGACAAUAAUGAACGCAUUCUUUUUCUAACAUUUUAUUAAUUCAUAAUAGUUUUUUUAAUUAUAAUGCAUUAUUGUUUUUUCCGAUUAAAUACAUUGUCUGUUCUAACAAUUAUUAAUGAAUUAUUGUUUUCUUUCUGACAAUUAAAAUGCAUUAUUGUUCCUGCCAAUUACAUGUGCAUUAACUGUUCUAUCUUACAAGCAAAAUGCAUUCAGUUUUCUAUCUUUAUAGAAACAAUGAAUAUUUAGUGUAACUGGUGACUAAUUAUUAAUUGUUCUAUCAUUUUAGUAGAGCCACAAGUCCCAUAUUAACUACUAAUAAUGCAGACCACGGUGCGGGUGAUCGCUGGGUGGAAUUAGACCAUUUCGCCCCUUCUAUGCAAUGAUAUAUCCAUCUAAACGUGUGUUAAAGGAUGGCGAGAACCACUGGGUGACAGUCAAUAUAAAAUUCCAUUCAUUAAAAUCAGAUCUUUUACUCCGAUACGAUACCUCUCUACAUUAGAGGUCGCGUCAGGAGCAAGUUCUGAUCUGAUAUUUGAGGCUUCUAAAUUCUCGGUACGAAUUAGCGAAUCAUUUAGACCAGCAUAUCUGAUUUCUGUAUCCCGAAAACGCACUAAACCACAAGUUCCGAAUGUAGAUGCCGCGCCAUUGUUGUGGACGGCGUUCUGUACAUCACGUUAUGUCUGACAUCUACACCCAAACGAACGUGCCAGCAAGCAAUAUCUGUGCUCAGUUUGGGUUUUCUUUUGUUCAAAAAGAAAUUUCCGAAUUGAGGUAAAGAAAUGAAGUCGGAUUAUUUUAGAAGAUAUAAUACACUUGAUAAUCGAGGAUGACGCUCGAGGAUUGUUUAUACAAAUUCGCCCAAAGUCAAUGUCAAGUGCUUUACCUUGCAAGAACCUGACAUAGUGGUCCGUGCCAACCCCCUUUUGGUACGAAAGAUAGCGACCUCUGUUAAGUGGUAUUCCGGAUGCAGCAGGUCAGUAUGGGAUGCCAGUAUUUCAGUGUGGGGGUGGCGCCUCAUAUGUGACCAUACCUUAAGCGCUUCAGAUUAAUUACAUUUAGAUAGUGUUGUUGUUUUUAAGCUAUUCCUUGCAGUUCGAAAUAUAUAUUGGGCUAUUCAUUCAAUGUUCAGUGCUUUAUUGAGCGGUGAGAUACAAGGGCUUAUAAUAAAACCAUGGACACUUAAUACGAUCUAUAUUUAGGGUCCAUGGUAAAACGGUUUCUUUCUUUUGAAAGGAAGAUAUAUGAAUAAAGCUAUUUUUAUUAA